AUGUUGUCCAGAGUCGUGUCCACGCCGUUUCGGCGCAUGACCCGCCCGGCAGGCAUUUUGCAAAGCUACAGCAAAACCCAAUUUCGAUUCUUUGCCGGCACGUCGAAACUAAGAGCCAUUAAGCCUUACUUGCUUGCCGACAUUGGUGAAGGCAUAACCGAAUGUCAAAUUGUAUCAUGGGCUGUUAAGAAGGGUGACCUUGUACAGCAAUUUGACCCAAUCUGCGAAGUACAAUCGGAUAAAGCAUCUGUCGAGAUUACUUCACGAUUCGAUGGCGAAAUUAAAAGCUUACACUAUAGAGAAGGUGAAAUGGCCAAAGUAGGCUCACCUCUCCUAGACAUCGAUGUAGCUGGAGAUGGUGAACUCGAUAACACUCCGCCAGUUCCCACACCAUCCAACCAGAACCAUGACAAUGAUAUAGAUUGCACACGUCCAGAUCCUCAAAGAGAAGGCCAGGGCCUCGCUGAUAAAAACUCGGCACAGCAGACAGACUCGAUCAGCACCGGUUCUCGACAAAACCGGCCUAGGGCGAAUUAUGCUUCCGUGUUAACCACCCCGGCCGUCCGACGGCUUCUUCGCGAGUAUGGACUGAGCAUCUCAGAUGUGCAGGGAAGCGGCAAAGAUGGCCGCGUUCUGAAGCAUGACAUUACCAGGCAUGUGGUGGAACUGCAAACUGGCCGGCCUCAGCGUAACAAGGAGAUAUCAACCACAUCGAGAAGCGCGCCAGAAGCAGACAGAAGAUUGAAGUUGUCACCCAUACCGAGCCACAUGUUCAAGUCCAUGACCGCAUCGCUCUCGGUUCCGCACUUUUUGUAUUCUCAUACGGUGGACAUGACUGCUUUGGCUGACGUGAUCAAGCGAUAUAAAGAAGAUAAAACGCUGGCUUCACGACUGACUGAUGAGACAGGCACAGCCGUCAAGCUGACGUUCCUUCCAAUUAUUCUAAAAGCUCUUUCACAGGCGCUCAAUAAGUACCCCGUCGUCAACUCGUUACUGGACGUGAGCGAGUCCUCUGACGGUCUCCCGGCUCUGCUUAUCAAAAAGUCGCAUAAUUUCGGUCUGGCAGUCGACACUCCGAAUGGUCUCUUGGUGCCAGUACUUCACGGCAUUCAGAAUCACUCGGUUCUUACGAUAGCAUCAGAAGCCUCACGCCUAGCAUAUUUGGCUAGAGCCGGUAAACUCAGCCCAGGCGAGAUGAAGGGUGCCUCCUUCACCGUUAGUAACAUUGGAAGCAUUGGUGGCAAUGUCGUUGCACCAGUCAUCUUGUCUCCAAUGACAGCUAUUGUAGGUAUUGGGAAAGUGGAAGACGUUCCCGCUUUUGAAGUCGACGAGAAUGGAAUCGAGCAGGUCGUCAAGAAGAAGAAAGCACUCCUUAGCUGGAGCGCCGACCACCGAGUGCUUGAUGGUGCUACGAUAGCUCGAUGUGCGCAGGAAGUGGCCAUGUGGCUUGAGAAACCAGAGCUUCUAGGAUUGGCUUUGAAAUAG